AUGUCAUCCUCAGCAGCUGCAGAGGCCGUGGCCAAUAUAGAAGAACUCCUCACGCAGAUCCUUGUAUCGGUGCCAUUACGAUCUGUUGCUCGUUUCAUGUGCGUCUCCAAGCAUUGGUACUCUCUCAUCUCCAACCUCCACACCCUCAAAAACCCCAAGAUGUCGGCUUUCUUCUCUAGCAAAACCGAAGCCGAGUCCUUCAAGUCCCUCCCACUUGGUAACCCUGAAAUCCCAUCUGGUUGGAAUCCCUUCACAACUUUUAACGAUUCCUUCAAUGACGGCUCCAGGUUGAAGAUUAUUCAGUCCUGCAACGGCCUCUUUCUCUGCAUUCCCGAGAGCAGAGAACAUCGUGAUUUCGUACCUAGAAAACAACAUGAUCUCGUAUAUGUUGUCAAUCCCACAACCAACAAAUUCUUGGCUCUUUCUUCUCCAACGGCUAGGUUUAGAAGUUUUGUACGUUAUGCUUUGGCUUUUGAACCUUCCAAAUCUCCUCAUUACACGUUGGUCUGCGUGACUACCCACUAUCGCUAUUCCUUCGUGGAAGGUGAAGGUAAGUACCACAAAAUACAUAUAUAUUCGUCAAAGUCUGGAAAGUGGAAACAUGUUAUUGAUAUCCCUUUCUUCCAGAGCCUUUAUGACCGAUGCUGUCACCCUGAUCUCAAGAAAUGGCACAUGGACUUCGACCGUAGGAGCAGGGAAGGCUCAGUAUACUGCAACGGCGCAGUUCAUUGGAUAAGAGAAAGAAAUGCAGCAGAAUUACCAUUCUGCUGUGAAGCUGGUAAAUUCUUUAGACAAGAAGCUGAUGUGUUGCAUUACUUUGACAUAGGUGAAGAACGUUUGCGGCUUGUGGCUGCUACUCCUCCUGUUCCCUUGGUUGUAGAAAACAUGCCGGUGGAGGAUAUUGGUUCUGACCUCAAGAUUCCCAUUGAGUUUCCGAUAUUGGUUCAUAGAUACUUUGGGGAGUGCGGUGGCCGUUUGUACUUGAUUGACAUUUAUAAGCAUUGUCACACUCAAUUUGAUGUGAUGGAGAUGGAGAGGGACUACUCUGGUUGGUUUGUCAAGUACCAUGUUGAUCUCAAUCCAGUAGUCAUGGCUCUUCCUCAACAUGAUUUGAAUCCUUUUGUUAUUUUGUGCCUUUCUCGAGAGAAGGAAAAGGAUGAUGACGAGUUCGGGGAUUCUUCAACUAUUCUGCUGUUGCAUAUGCCCGGUAAGGUCAUAUCAUAUAAUCUUAUGAAUAAGAACUUCAAGACAUCUAUUGAGUUGGCCAAUAAAAAUCUUUAUCUAGCCAUAGAGGAUACUUCUUUCCGGGAUGAAGUUGAUAAUUAUCCUUACAUGGAGAGUCUGGCUUGUGUAUGA